GUCUCGUAUAAGGUGGCAAAUCCAAUUAUUAUGCAUAAAAACUGGUCUAUUUUUUAACGCAUUUCAGUUACUCUUGCAUAAAAAAUGAUAAUACCACAGCUUAGGUGCAACGUUGUCAAGAGUUAUGGAAGAUAUAUCCAUUUCACAAUUUGAAGAAAUGUUUACAUUUUUGCAAUUUCCGUACAUUUUCGCGAUCUCCGCUUUUCCUCGGCUUCUUUCGUGAAGUACGCAUAUAUUGAUGACGUAGGGCAAACAACACAAUUUCCUCGUAAACAAAGAAAGCCAACAUGAGUUCGGUAAGAUAUUUUUGUGUUACAAUAUUUUGUUUUACAUGGAAUUGCAUCACGCAUACUUGCUUUAGUUUAUGUUUCAUUUUCUUGACUUAACUUUUGCCUUGAUUGUAAUUACGACUUUGCAGACAAACUAAUUUUAAAGAAACUUAUUGCAACUGUCAAUUCCACGUCGGUGUCCAUAUAUUUUCGGACAUUGAAUUAAAAAAACCCUGUUCUUAUGUCUAGAAAAAUGCUUCUUCAUAGGCAUCGUCUAAUUUAGCGGUUGUAUAAAUCGUUUAUAUACCCGUAAAGUAGAGCAAGUUGGUAAUUAAUAAAUAUGGUUUCAUGAAUUUGGUGCAUUUAAAUAUCUGUUUUGAAGAAGUAUGUACAUGUACAACUAGAAAAGCUGUCAGACGAAGCAUGCAUUCUACAAAUACAAGUGCCACAAAGUUUGGUCACCUGAUUCAAAUGUUAUUAAAAUGUGUUAUCUUUCUAUAUUCACUUUAGACGUCAUCAUCAAGCUCAAACAGCAUUUUUGACAGUCCUGUGCGUCUAAGAAAAAGGAGAGCCUCCCAAAGAAGAGCAUCCCCAAGCACAAGUGCCACAGAGAGCCCAAUUCGACCAGCUCGUGGCAGAGGAAGGGGCAGAGGAAAGGGCAAAGGUCCGGCUUCCCGAAAAGGCAAAAAAUCUGUUCGGGAAGCUGAUCCAAAUAGGGAUGAAGUUGCCCUUUCUGUCAUUCAAACAAGGAAAGACAGAUUUCGAGAAGACAUGAAGACCAUGCCAAGAGAACAGCUUGAGGAAAUAAUAUUGGGGGUCCUAGAUGAGAACCCUGGUCUUAUAUUGGACUUUCAUAAGCCAGUAGCCAGGGGUGAAGGUGGAUACCAUCCACCUGAGGGUGCUGAGUCACCAGACUGGUGUGUGUGUGGAAAAUGCAGGGAAAUGCCAACCCAGGCAGAGCGAAUAUGCUGCGAAAGGGAGCCAAGACACUGCUUUUCUCUACUGCCUGACUUCACAGUUCUUGUGCUGGACCCUGCAGUACUGAGACUGGCGAGACUGCAGCGAAGGGACAUUCUUCUGCUGGAUGAUGCUGAUGAAGAGGACCCGCACAAGGCCAACAGACAUGCUGCCUACAGACAAUAUAUACUGUGGGCACAUGGAAGGCUUGGAGUAGGCAACAGAAGAGUUAUUCCAUCAUGCUGUGUUUGGGCGAUCAGAGACAAGUACCCUAACCCCUUCCAAAUUUAUGUGGGUUUUGUUCCUGCCCGUCUUGUUUGAAAAGGUGUGACAUUAACCCUACAGCUUUGAAAGGCAUCAGCUUGAAUUAUGGUCAUGCAGGGCUUGUUUUCCUUCUGUAACAAGGGCCUUAUAAAGGCCCCUUCCCUAAGGAAACUUCUUUAAAAAAUCAUGCGUUUUACCCCAAAUAAUAUGCUUACUUUGGGAAAUGUGUUCCCCUUUUUCAUUUUUGUUGAAAAAAAUUUCCCCAAAAUUGAAGGCCAUGCCCUUUCCCAAAUCAAGAAAAAAAGCCCUGUCAUGUAUUGCAAAACAACAAAUCAUCAACUUUUUAUUUGUGAA